UUUGACCUCGUCAUUACUUCCACUCUUCCUGUGUUUGCGAACUGACCGACGAAUCCCUUCAGCAUCCCGUAGCCCACGUUGUAAAAUGGUGCCGAAACCAAUGCUCUUCGCGCUUUUUUGCGUUGCUGUUCUCCCCUCCAUAUCUCUUCAAAAGACGGUCACCUACAAAGAUUGCGGAUCUGUAAUGGGUUCUAUUCAAAGUGUUGAAGUUUCACCAUGUUCAUCUGAACCGUGUGUAUUCAAGAAGUCUUCUAAUGUAACAAUUACGAUCCACUUUACAGCAAAAGAAGCAGUUACUAAGGCAACUUCAUCUGUGCAUGGUAUCAUUGGGGGUGUGCCAAUUCCAUUCCCACUUCCCCAACCAGAUGCAUGCAAAGACAGUGGCCUUAAGUGUCCACUUGUAUCUGGUCAAGCCUAUGAUUUUCAGCAGCAACUUGAGGUGAAAUCAUCUUAUCCAUCGUUGAAGUUGGUGGUUGAAUGGGAAAUCAAAGACCAGGCCAACAAAGACAUUGUCUGCAUUGAAGUGCCUGCACAAAUUUCCAGUUAGUUUCAUCAGAAACCCCAAAGACAGUGAGGGGAAAGUAACUAGUUACUAUUCUAGAAUUAAUAAGACUACCCCCCCCCCAAAUGUUGUUGUUCUGAUAACAAAAUCUUGACUCCAAACUUGUUUCACUAAAAGUUAUUCAACCAUGCAGGAUUAGAGCAAAAGUGUUAAAUUUCAGAGGAUUGUUAGCAACUGCCAAUGAAUGUACAAGAAUUAUUCAAAAUGACGUUGAACCACAACAUGCUUUAUCAGAACUAAACAAUUUUUGAGGGGAUGUAAUUUUAAUAGAAUUAUUGUACACAGUUUUUCAACAUUUAUCUAUUGAGGGACUGUGCUGCAGUAGUGUGUAGUAGUUUCAAUGUUCACAUUUAAUAUUGCUAUGUUAGAUACUACUCGCAAACCACUGCCGUCACAUACAAAUGUAUUCCGACUGAAUUUCAGUUAUGAAGCCUUCACUGUGGGUCAGAACACUGUAAACAUUGAGGUACUGUGAUUGAUGUAAAACGCAAACCUGGAAAGUUAUUCAUUUUAUGAAAACUUGUGGUCUGUUUUCAUCUCUUGUUAAAACAAUGUAGGUUUACGAAAAUUUCAUUGGUGUAAAAGUUUGUGGUUUACAUUCUCAAGAUGGAUCCAAUUAAACCAUGACUACUGUGAUUUGCAAUCUGUCUGAAUCCAGUCUGACAGGAGUAAUUCACACAAGGCAAAAAGUGGUAUAAAUAUUAAAUAUUUUUAAUGUAAAAUAUAACAAUACUGAAUGAGAUAUUUUGAUAGCAUACACUUUUAUUAACUCUUAAUUAUUCAGAAUUCCACCAAGAAUUUCAUAAAACAACUCUUUGGAAACUGAUAUAAGUAAUCUUGGAAUUUUUUAUAUAAAUAAUCAAGAUACACUAUUACAGUUUUAGAAACUUAUUCCAUCUAUGCAUGCAUCCUUUUCACUUUUAAUAGAGCAAAAUACAAUAUUCACUCAAGGUGUAAUUGUAACAUGCCUUCUCCCAACCCCAAUGUUUGUGUAAAUAUCAAUACUACCCUAAUCUUUUUCCCUAUAACAGGGUAUUUUUAUAUAUUUUUUCCAAUAGUUAAGUAAUUCUGCAAACAAAUUGAGAAGUGUUUUUGGUUGUUUACUGUAGAAUACUUUAUUUUCGCUUGGAAUUUAUUUUCGCUAUUUUCGCUGAAGGGAUGAUUCCGUGAAAAUAAAAUCCAGCCAAUAUACUUUUUUCCCUAUAUUUCACAUUAAACUCAUCAAAAACCAGUGAAAAUAAAUUCCAUACAAAACGCCCAAAAAGCCUUUUCAGCGAAAAUUAAUUCCAGCGAAAAUAAAGUAUUCCACAGUAUGUUUUUUCUGCUUUGGUAGGCAGACCAUUAUCAAAGAUAAUGUAACAUUUUUGUAAUAGUACCGCUACAUAUAUAUGGACUCGUUUCCAAGGGAACGUUUAAUCCAUACUGAUUAUGUAAAAUAAAAAUUAUAUUCUGUAUCAUGUAUUAAAAUUUGAGAGAAAAAAAUAUCUGCAAAGUAAAGGUUGAAUUCCAGAUGCAUGUAUAUGAUAUGCAAAUGUCUUGUUAUUUGUUGCUGUACACAAAAUUAUAACGAUUAUUAUGGCAAUUGAAUUUUUACACUGAUCAUUGUGGGGAUCAGGGUAGUUUAUACUGUAAUCAUGUUUAACCGCUAAGCUUAGAGUAUACUCUUUUUACUCCAUGCUACACUCUUUGUUUGUAUUUGUAAUAUAGACUGGUUUUCUGUAAUUCACUGCAUCAUGAAAUAUCAACUGUUUUUAUUUUUGUCUGAAAAUAAAUUUGUAUGUGGAAAAAAAACUUGUGUGAAGCUGUUUUGCUACAAUAAACGCAUUUGUUCAACCUACAUUUGAGCAAAAGGUA